AUGCUGAGGGCUACUAAAGGCGAAUCUACGUCGGUAUCUCCGUCUUCCUCAAUCGACGCCGAUAAGAUGUCUUUGACCGAUGAAAAACUUGUGGAUAGCCAUCUCGUUGCUGAGGUCGGCUCUGGAUCUGAAACUGAUCAAGAAAUUUAUAUAGAUCCGAAAUUGGAGAGACAGUAUGUUCGAACCUUCGAUUUCAAACUUCUGCCCUUUCUUUCGCUCAUGUAUUUCUUCAACUCGAUGGACCGUUCGAAUCUUUCCAACGCCUACUCCAACGGUUUUGCAACGAACAUGCACUUCAAAGGCCAAGAGUACUCGUUACUAUUGCUGCUAUACUAUAUUCCAAAUGCUUUCUGUGAUCCCUUUUGGAAUAUUUUGACGAAGAAGUUUGGCGCCAGAUGGGUUCUGCCAUCUCUGAUGCUGGGAUGGGGAGGAUGUUCGAUGAUCGAAGCAGGAUGCACCAAUUUUGGUGGUAUGCUCGUCGUUAGACUGCUUAUUGGUGUUUUUGAAGCUGGGUUUUAUGCAGGCGUUGUUUUCUACUUGACUCUGUUCUACACCAGAAGAGAGAUCGCUUUCAGAAUAUCGCUAUUCUUCGGCUCUGCUCUUAUCUCUGGUGCGUUCACUGGUCUUUUGGCUUAUGGUCUGUUCCACAUCAAAAACGACGCCCUUUAUGGUUGGCAAUACCUUUUCAUCAUCGAAGGUGCUGCAACUGUUCUGAUUUCCUUGAUUGCCUAUUUUUGGCUACCUUCAACCCCAAGUACUUGCAGGUGGCUCACACCAGAGCUGAAAGAGGUUGCAAGGCUUCGUCAACUCAAGAACAGCGUCAAAAAAGUCGACUCCUCGUUCUCCUGGGCUGAUUGCAAGGCACGUGUCAAAACAUGGCAGUGGUGGGUAUACGCCUGUAUAUCAUUUACCUAUACCUUGCCAUGGACCACUGCGUCGUUGUUCUUGACCCAGAUCAUUGGAAGGUUCGGGUUUUCCACCGUGAAGACCAAUCUCUGGACCGUAGCUCCCAAUUGCGUUGGCGUCUGUGUUCUUCUUGCAGUGUCUUUCUCUUCAGAUAGAGCUCGUGAGAGAUCUUACCAUAUCUGUUUCGCAUUGACACUCUCUAUCAUUGGCCUGAUCAUCCUUGCUUCAGUGGACAGCUUCAAGCACAAAGGUGUGAGUUACUUUGCAUGUUUUCUUUUGUGUUCCGGUGCCUACAUCCCAUCAGCAUUGGUCCAUUCAUGGCACAAUAACAACAACUUGAACGAGAGUUCUAAGGCGUUUGACACCGGUGUUUUUGUGGGUCUUGGUAACCUCUCGCCAAUCAUUGUCACUGCCACUUUCAGAACGACAUAUGCUCCAAAAUACAACCCCACAAUUAUUGCAACAUGUGUCUCCGCUGGUAUUUGUUGGUUUUUGGUUAUGUUUUUAGGAACAUGGCAAAAGAAAGAGAAUAAGAGAAGAAACGAGGCCCAGGGUAUGAGCAUCAGAGCUGACGAUAUCGACACGAGCAAGCUUUCAGGUUACGAUGAUCCAAAUUGGAGAUAUUACAAUUGA